AUGACAAUAAACAAUAACAAUUCAACACAUAAAUUAGUAAAUCUUUCACAUAUUCUAUUAUCAACGAUUGUUAAUAAUUUGAAAGAUAAUAUCGACAAGAUUUGUUUUAGUUUAGUUUGUAAAAGAUGGUUCGACGAUAGAAAUAGAUAUCUAUUGUUUGAUACCGAUAGUUUAUAUUGUGUCUAUAAAGAUAGUUCAAGGAUCACAUUGAAUUCAUAUCGAUCUUUAAUAUUAGAGUCACUUGACAAAAAGAAACAACGUACUGUGUACGUCACAAACGAUACAAGUUAUAUUCUUGUUGAUCAUGUUAUAGAUUAUGAUUCAAUUGAAAGUAUGGAUGAAAUCGAUCAAAAUAUAGUAGAAGUAACGGAAACUAGUGAUAUGCAAAAGAGAGAAGAUUCAGAUCAACUGUCUACUAAACUUUAUGAUUUGAUUAGUAAAUCUAAUGUAACUAGUAUAGUGGGUUGUCAAACUUUAAAACAUAGAAUACCAAUGAAUAUCACCUCACUGGAAUUUGGUUAUCAUUUUGAUGAACAGUUAUUCAAAGGUUGUUUUCCACCCAAUCUGAAGAGAUUGAAAUUUCUUGGCGGUUUCAAUCAGGUGAUCGAAGUAGGUGUAUUACCUGAUACAUUGGAGAGUUUAGAGAUUUAUACACUCAACCAAAUAUUGGAACCUGGAGUAUUACCGACAUCACUGAAGAUAUUAAUAGUCACAGGUAAGACACCCAAUAACUAUCUCAAAGUUGGAUCGUUACCAUCGAAUCUGGAGGAAUUCAUUCACAAUUGCAGUGAGGUUUCUAUCGAUCCAGAAGUACUACCAAAUUCGUUAAUCACACUACAUAAUGUUCCUUUGUCAUGGAUGAAGUCAAUCAAGUAUCUCGAGAAUCUUAGAUCUCUAGUGUUGACUGAUGGUUCUGGUUUAUUAGAUCUAAGUGAUCUACCGAAAUCAUUGACAACACUGCACAUUAUAAACUCACUUACAUUACAAUCGGCAUUACCUACUUCGAUCAGACAUCUCAGUCUUGCCAAUUCUGUUUAUGACAUUGACGAAUUGUUCCCAGAUCGCACACUUUAUCAUUUGGAAAGUCUAAAAGAAAUGGCAUUCAAACAAGAAUCACUUGAUGGUUUGGAUAUCAAGAAGUUGUCUCUCCAUUAUUAUUAUGAUGAGAAUUCAGAUACACUCAGAGUCAUUCCGUUCGGUGUUGAAACACUUGAAAUUAGUGUAUGGUUUGCCUUUGAUAUCAAACAGGAUUCACUUCCAUCAUCGUUGAAAACACUCAAUGUUCACAAUAUGAACUGUUUCAAACGUCCAGGAAUUAUUCCAAACUCUGUGAAUCAUCUUAUCAUUGGAGAAGAUAAAGAUAUUGUUUUACAAGAAGGAAUUUUACCAGAUUCUGUUCAAAACAUUGAAUUGAAAGCUGCUUAUUUUCCAACUACUAAAUUGGUUGACAAUAUUUCUUUCGAAGAUGAUGAAAAUCAUAAGUGUUCGAUUCGAAAACUUGAUGAUCAAUAUUACAUUUUGUUUGGCAAGCAAACACACAGACGAUACUUUAUGGCAGGCCUCUUACACAAAUCAAUGUUUGAAGAGAGAUUCGAUGUUAUAAAAAUGCUUAGUGGUAAAGAUAUUAGAUUAUAUCAUUUACCAUAA